UUGUAUACCGAAUUCUAUCAACUUAACCUUGAUAAACAGAUUACCGAGAGAAUUAGGAUACUUGAUUCAUCGAUAUUUUCAGAACGUAAAAUUUCGGAAUUUUUACGAAAUAUAUCAAAUAAAAAACGAACAUUGGGGGACAACAAGGAAGAUUCAUCUGAUGAAAAACACACUAGACAUCAUGAAGAUAAUGAUGAUAUCGUGUCCGAAUUGGUUUCUCCAGGAUCACGAAGAAGAAUUGAAAUCUUAAAUGACAAGAAUAUAAAUUUCUCGAAUGAAGAGGUUGAAACUGAAGAAAAUUUGCUAUUUGAUGAGUGGGUACUUUCAACAGGAAAAAACGUUUCUCGAGUUCUGGAGACACUGAGAUCAAAAGUCCCGAAAUCGAAAGCAUUCCUAUAUCCCACAUUCUUUGGUAUACUUGAUUUAUCUGGUGAAAAUACUGAAGUUAAGGAUCUUUUCACUGAUGAUGAAUGGGCAGAAAUGAAAAGUGAUUUUAAUGAAACGGUCAUGUUUAAAGAUAUAAAUGAAGAAGAUGCUAUUGAAAAGAAGUCAGGUGAUCUAAUGACAGAUAUUGAGAAGUGCAUAAUCGAGGAAAAUCCAAAGGUUAAUUCGAUAAGAAGAUUAAUUCAAGCUUAUUCCUAUAACUUGGAGAGACUGCAAUCUUCAAAAUCGGAAGCGAUGUCCAAAGAGGCGAGAUCCAAAGUUUGGCAUCUGUUAUUGCGAAUUCAACCAAGAAUCCAACAGAUAGGUCUUUGGUUGGACAAAAAUGUGAUUUUAGAGUUACAUGUGAUGGAUUUGAAGCUGUUAUUGGGUUACGUUCCGGAGGGUUCCGAGAAGCAUGCAAAUCCAAGUAGUGGAAUGAUAACGUCGAUAUGA